AUAGCAGCUCACCCAAACUUAUAUUUGAUUUGUGUUGCGACUAUCAUAUGAUGGUUUCGCUUCUGUUUGCAUUCUUCAUGGCAUUCUGCCGGCUUCAGUGAUCUCAUGGAAUGGGAUCAUGGGAUUUUUCUUCAAGAAAACAUUUGGCUCAACUCUGCACUCGACUGCUCUCUUACACCAGUGAGGAGUCUCUGCGUGAUUCAAUUUAAAUGAACUUUUGGAGAAAGUCACAGACUUUUUAUUUUAACUAAUAUCAUGGGAUUUGGGAUGUGAUGGCAUGGCUGGAUCAGUGCCUUACUGAAGGUGAAGGAAAAUGCAGAUACCGUUGUUAAUUUGUCUUCUGCACUUUGUGAAUCUUGCCAAAGGCCUAGAUAACACAAACAUUCUGCGAUACAGACGUAAGUAUUCAAGCAUGACUCGUCUUCCCCACUUCUCUGAUAUUCAAAACAGGGCUUGAAAGACAUGAUUUCUAGGACUCCUGUGAAAAAUGUCUUAUCUUUCCCCGUUUUUCCACUGAAAGAUAGUAAACAGUAGACAGACACUACAUAUGGAGACAAUAAGUGUAUUACUGCAGCUUUAGGGGAAUAAUGUGGUCAUAGAUUUUCACUGCUUUUACCUGCUUGCUCGCUCUGAAUUUGAAAGCUUGGCUCUGUUCCCUCUGAUCUCAUCAAAGCAAGUUGCCUGUAAAACAGCAGGCGGUUAAUGGAGCACAGAUUACUUGAGUAUUUGACUGUCUUUAAUUUGCAUGAGCACAGAUAGAAUAUAUACCUCACUCAUCUUCCCCCUCUACACACUCCUCACAUCCCUUUAUCCACAGGCAGCUCCCCUGUGAGCAGACUGUGCCCAGCAGGUUGUGUGACAUGCUCAGCCUUGAAUGGCUGUCUGUCCUGUAAGCCUCGACUCUUCUUCCACUUGGAGCUGGAUGGGAUGCGGCAGAGGGGCACCUGUCUGCCCUCCUGCCCCCGGGGUUAUUAUGGCACGCGCUCUCCACACAUCAGCACCUGUGCUAGGUGCAACACGGACUGUGUAUCCUGUUUCAGUGAAAAUUUCUGCACACAUUGUCAUCCGGGUCACUUCCUCUUCCAGGGAAAAUGUGAGAACACCUGUCCAAACGGACUUACAGCAAACACAGCACUGCGAGAAUGCACAGAGUGCUCUAUAGGCUGUGAGGUGUGUUUGAGGAGGAACAUGUGUCUGAGGUGUAGAGCAGACCUGUACCUUCUCCACGGCCAGUGCCAUCCCACCUGCCCGAAGGGAUUUGAGCCUGAUGUGCAGCUCAUGCAGUGCAUCCCCCAAGUGCACUGUGAGGUUGGGGAAUGGACAGACUGGAGUCCAUGUGUUCUGAAAAGGAGCAUGGAGGCCUACAAGUGGGGAGAGGAGUCACGCAGCCGACAGGUUCUGCAGUCCCCAAGCGUCUGCGGUGACCCCUGUCCACAUGUGUCAGAGAUCAGGAAGUGUGCCAUCAAAAAGACCCCAAAGAGUCCAAAUAGCUUGUAAUAAGUUGAAAGGGAGACCCUUAUAAAGUAAUUGUCAAGAUAUUUCACUUGUUAUUGCACGUUCUACAUUGGCUGGUAAUUUAAAAACUUGGAAAGCUAUAGUAAAUUGUAAAAAUGUCUAAAUGUAUAAAUCUUAAGUAAAACUAAUUUCUUGGUGCAGUCCAACAGAAAUCAAUAAAAAGAAAGGCUGGAUAUAAUGAAAUUCUUAUGUAUCUGAUGGCUUUAUCUGAACAGAAACAUUACAUAUGAAUAGCAGUCAGGUCCUAAAUUGAUGCCACUUGUGCUUUGUAUCGCAUACUGAUUGCCUGACUUCACCAUUUAUGUCUUAUUGCAACCUUUUGCAGACACCUGCACGUUGUUUUCUGACUGUGAGUGAAAUUUAUUAAGACAAAUCUUUAUGGCUCUAAGCCCUUCAUGUUAAAAAAAGAAAAUGACAACAUCUAAAUUCCUUUUCGCUGU